GCGCUCGCUCCCGGGAGUCUCGCGGUGACAGCUUAGAUCAUCCGUAGAAAAGAAAGGAUUUGCAAAUGGAGGUGGCAGAAAUGAGCAUUCUUUGAACGACGAAAGGAACAUCUAGCCAUGUCUGAGUCUCUGUAUGAGAAGUUUUUGGCCCCAGAGGAGCCUUUCCCUCUCCUCUCCCAAAGAGCCAACCUCAGUGAUGUGGGAACCCUGGACGUCAGUGACUUUGGCUGUCAACUCUCAUCUUGUCACAGAACAGAUCCUCUACACCGCUUCCACAGUAACAGGUGGAACCUUACUUCCUGUGGGACCAGUGUUGCCAGCUCAGAGUGCAGCGAGGAGCUCUUCUCCUCUGUGUCUGUGGGGGAUCAGGACGACUGUUACUCCCUCCUGGAUGACCAAGAACUAACAUCUCUGGACCUGUUUCCAGAGGGCAGCGUUUGCAGUGACGUCUCCUCCUCUAUCAGCACCUAUUGGGAUUGGUCUGACAGCGAGUUUGAGUGGCAGUUACCAGGAAGUGACAUUGCCAGUGGCAGUGAUGUCCUUUCGGACAUCAUCCCGAGCGUGCCAAGUUCACCCUGUCUGUUUUCCAAGAGGAAGCCUAAGCCCCACCCUCAUCGCAACCUAGAUGAGUUACCAUGGAGUGCCAUGACCAAUGAUGAACAAGUGGAGUACAUCGAGUACCUGAGUCGGAAAGUCAGCACAGAGAUGGGCCUGAGAGAGCAGCUGGACAUCAUCAAGAUCAUCGACCCCUGCGCACAGAUCUCUCCUACAGACAGCGAGUUCAUCAUAGAGCUCAACUGUCUCACAGACGAGAAACUCAAGCAGGUGCGAAACUACAUCAGAGAGCACAGUCCCAGGCAGCGGGCCAGCAGCACCAGAGAGGGCUGGAAGAGGAGCAGCCACAGCAGCGCCAGCACUGGCGGCGUCAGUGGAGCCAGCAGCAGCAACGCCAGCAUGGUCAGCUCUGCCAGCUCCUCCACUGGCUCUACAGCCUCCAACUCUGUAGCAGGUGGUACAGCAUCAGCCUGUAGUGGAAGCAGUGUUGCCAACAUCAGCAGAGCUCACAGUGAUGGCAACCUAUCCAGUGCUGCAGAACGUAUACGAGACUCUAAAAAACGUUCCAAGCAGCGCAAGCUUCAGCAGAAAGCCCUCCGGAAGCGGCAGCUGAAAGAGCAGCGACAGGCCCGCAAGGAGCGUCUGAGCGGACUGUUUCUGAACGAGGAGGUGCUGUCGCUGCGAGUGACGGAGGAGGACGACCACGGCGACGACCUGGACAUACUGAUGUGACAGCAGUGAAUCAAUCAGUGCUCCCUCUACGCCUGCUCCCCCACCACCCAGCCACCGCCAUAGAGCUCAUAGACCACGCUGCUCCAGAUCACUGCAUGCAUUAGCUUUAUGUAGGCUAACAUAAUGCAUUUUGUAAAAGUAAUGUCUGACAGGCAGUAACAGCUUGUAGUAGCCUCUUCCUUAGCUUGACAUAUUGCUUGCUAAUACUAGUGUAGUACCGCUAGUGCUAAAACUGAUAGCUGCUGCAAUCACUACUAAGCUAGCUAUAGCAAUAAUGCUAAUAUACUGCUAAUGCUUUGAUUAAAUACUAACAUCAGUCCAGCCUGCUUAUAGCCAGCGCUAAUCCUGCAGAAGCUUGCAGAUACACACUAAAUAUACACUACAAAAGACAGUUAUUUCAGCUUAAUACAGUUAACAAGAGGACUGCUUAUAGAUGCUUUAACAGCGUAUAUCCACUGCUACUAAUACAGCCACCACUGGCAGAAGGACAGAUCAGACAUGAGAAGCAGAGUUUGGCCACAGUAUGCACAUGCUGCUCUGCGAAGAACCAGGUGUUCAUUUCUUCAGAGCACACAGGGGGAACAGUUUUCAAGGUUGCAGUAUUUUAGCUAAUUUGGUCAUAGUUUCCACCCAUCUGCUGACAUACAGACAUACUGUACAGAGCUAUAUCUGUGCUGGCCAAACUCUGUUCAUCUGCAGCUCUGCUCCAAACUGCUGCAGGUAAUGUUACAGCAUGACUAUAUUCCCACAGGCCUACAGGCAAAGGGGCCUGAGUGCAAAGUAUCAGUAGCAGUUUUUACGUGAGUGUCCUCAUCAGGACACGUCUAGGGAAAUAAGGUGAUGUCAUAGAAUUACGUGAAAUGGCCGUGACCUCUUAACACAGAAUUUCAGGGUGGUGGCACGUAAUGUUUUAAAAUAAGUGGUUUAGGCACCAAGACUACUUGGUAAGGUUUAGAGAAAGACUGUUUGUUAUGAAUGGGACGUAAGUAUGUAAUGUGACGGGACAUAACUACACAAAGGAUGCAAGUACGUAAAGUUAAAAUAAGUCCACAUUGACUUUUAGCUUCACUCGGGACACAAACGGGUCUCCUGGGUGAAAGUCUUGUGUCUGUUUGACCCAUCCACCACCGCGAUCUCCUCCCUACACAAACUUUCUCGCUCUAUAUACUACCUAUGGGGUCCUAACAUUCAUCUCUGCCGUGUCGUGUCCACCACAACAAAGGAUCCUAAUUGGCUGCCUUGUUUCCGUGGUGCCAACAUGUGAUUUCAAAAUGUUUGCCACCACCAUGCAAUGCGGUGGUAACAGGUCGUGGUCAUUUCACAUAUUUCUUUGAGCACAUAGGGGGAAAACAACUCAAAAUCUGGGGAUUGAAACAUUGCAUUGAUCAGAAGUUUCUCUACACAGUCGAAGUGUAAGGUGAAAAUCACUGAAAAUCAUCCUCCAAAGCUACUUAAUACAUCAGAGGUGAAUGUGGAAUGUAAAGUGAAAGGAAGUGAGCUGGUCUGUCUUUCUCCCCGCUGAGUGUCGUGGUCCCAUUUCACUCUGAAGGCUUAGAGGGAGCACUGAAUCUGCAUGUUUAAAUCGUCACCCACACCGAGUCCCUGUGUGGUCGCAUAACUAACAACUUCAUUAUUUGCAUAAUCCUGUUUAAAAAAAUAGCUUAUGUUUUGUAAAUAAAUGAUAACAGCAUAUUUACUGCUUGCUUUCAGCUUUUCCUUGGUGAUAUUGGUUUGAUUUAACUUUUUUUUUUUUCCCUCUGUGUAUAUAUAAUGACAAGGUAGUGAACUAAUUGGUUAUCGUAGCUUAAAUGCUGUCAAUUGCCACUGGUUCUUUGCAAUAUUUUGAGUUUUAUUUUUAAGCAUUUAGCUGUUUUGUCACGAGUACUUGAGUUUGGUCUGGUCGUCGUCUCAGACAUCUUUUGUAAGUCCUCUUUGUUUCUCUGCCAGCACUCCUACUGUAUUUCACCGAGACAGACCUAAAUAAUCAGAUUCUCAAUCAUUUACCUCUGUGUACAUUUUUGAAUGAUCUGACCACCACAAUAACUUUAAAGCAUUUGAGACCAGUCUUAUGCUCUUAUUCAAAGUUUUUAUAGAUCAUAUUGUGUCUGUCCACGUACUGUAUGGCUGGUUGGGUAUUGACGCAGAACUUGAGCUGGUUUCUUAAGCACGUGCAUCUAACAUUGAGCCAUUAACUUUCAGAAGUGUGUUCAUUUUGCUCCGUUAAAAUAUUGACGUGUUGACAAAGCACUAACACCUCGGCUUUUUGUGGAGUUGUAGCUACCAUGCCGUAUUUUUCAUACUUGCUAGGAGUAGCAACCACACAUAUUAUUUCUUUUGUGUUUUUCUGCCCCCGUCUGCGUGUAAGAAACACCUCCUGCAGCUUCUCAGCUGUAACGUGAUGAACCACUGCAGUUAUUGGCCUCAAAGCCUGGUGUCAUUUCUAAUACUUUAUGUGUACUGAGCUUUGGCUCUUGUCUCUGUCUCAUGUAUAAAGUUAUUACUUACAGCAAUUAUGUUAAAUGCCGCUUUAUGUAUUCUGUAGUUAUGAAUUAAUAAAACUCUAUUUUGAAAAUAAGAUAA